GUUUUCUCCAGGAGAAGCGCGCUCACUCCUUCCGCGCUCCCCGCCAGCAUCCUCCUCUGCCCGGGACACUUUCAAAGUUAGACCCGCUGCAACAAGUCAUCCGCUGCGCUGGAUCUGACCAGGACAGCGCGCCGUUUCUUCUCUGUGAUUAUUAAUGCUAUCAUUAUCCGCGCCUUGUAAUCUUGUUGGGAUUAUUCGGUCUGAUGGAGGAGGGAUGGAGCGGUCCCGUUAGAAGCUGAAGUCCAGCGUGUCGGCGGCGGCUCCUGAGUUGGUCCCACCCCGCUGAGAGAGCGCCUCUCCCCGCCUUAGCCGACAUGGGCUGCGGCUUGAGGAAGCUGGAGGACCCGGAGGACAGCAGUCCCGGCAAAAUCUACUCCACCCUGAAGAGACCGCAGGUGGAGACCAAGACAGACACCGGCUAUGAUUACGUGCUGCUGGACUUCAGUUUGGAAGGUAGCCGUCCUACGGUCCAGUAUGUGUCCUCCUUGUCUGAGUUGCCUCAGGCCCUGCAGUCCUACUACACACAGGGCUACGUCCUGGCUGCACUGCACCCCAUCAUUCUGUCCCUGGGCCGGAGCCGCUCGCUGCCCUUCAGCCUGCUCUACCGCGCCAUCCUGGCCCGUCCCAGACCCAGCAACCAGAUGGCGUCCACGUGUCACAGCGCGCCUGUGCUGAGGGUGGAGGACUGGCCUCUACCAGGAGACUCGCUGACCAGCGACACUGUGCGGGCGCUAAUUGACAGGGUGAACAGCAGCGCACGUGGAGGCGUUCAGUUCGUUGGCUCUGUACUGCAGCAGGUGAGCGGCAUCACCAACGGCCGCGUGCACAGUCCCAAACGGAGCUGCCGGUCGCCGCCACGUACUCCCCCCCAAACACCGCCUGGAGACAGAGAGCUGGAGGACAACACCUACGGUCCUGACUUGAGGCUGCUGGUGUUCUUCCACUCCUGGCCCCCAGGCUGCGCUCCCCUAGACUCGCUGGGCUGUCAGUACCACCAGGGGGCGCUCUCCAUGAGGGUUUCCAGAAAGGGCCAAGUAGUCAGUGCACUGGAGGCCGACUGGCUGGAGCUGACUGCCGCUUACUACCGCAAAGGCUGGUCGCUGGUAGACUCCUUUGUGUACUGGGACACGCCUAAAGGCGAGCCUGUUCCCAGAUCUCUGGAGGGACUGUUCGUAUACGAGGAAAGGAGCACGUCUCCUCCUCCCAACGACACCAUCGUGGUGGAGCAGUGGACUGUCAUCGAGGGCUCCAAUGUCAAAACGGACUACGGGCCCCUGCUUCACACUCUGGCCGAGUUUGGCUGGCUGCUCACGUGUGUGCUCCCCACCCCCAUCAUUCGGCAUGACAGUGAUGGGAAUCUGGCCACAAAGCAGGUGGUGUUCCUGCAGAGGCCGGUCAGAAGUUCCACAUCCGGACAUCCGAGGAGCCAGACAGCGGUGGCACACAGCGACGUGUCGAGUCGCUCCGUGAGUCGCGUGGUCAGCGGCUCCGCCCCCACAGGAGACAUUUCCCCGACCGCGGGGGGCAUCGGGGGGUUCCCGGUGUUCGGAGGCGGCUACUCCAGCUCCCUGUCCCACCUGGAGGAAGGGGGCUUUGAGCAGGAGGAGGGAAAGGCAGAGGUCACCUGCAUGUAAGCAGGAAGCAGAGCUCUGCAGGGACGGAAGAAAACUCAGGACCUUUUUGGACCGAUUUUAAUAAAGCCAUAAGAAGGAGUGAGGAGCUGCAUCACUUUUCGCUCUUUAGUUUUGAUCUGAUGAUCAGGAAGGGAAAGCUGCCCCACUGUUCUGACUCCUGACAGGUCUGAGCUGGACUUCUUCAACAACCACAGAUGUUUCAUCUCCAUCUUUACCGUUCAGUAUUUUCCACAGAGAUCCUUCAGUCUGAUGACGUUUGGUGUCUAAAAUUAAACUGUUGUAAAGAUGGCAGCACUUCUUAGUAAAAAGGUAUUACCUUCAUGAACAAGGAAGAUUUUACAUGGUACUGCUGAUAUGCUGCAGUACAAGUUAUUUUAAAAAAAAUGUAAAGGUAAUAUUGUAAAGAACGCAUCGGUUUUAUAUCUUAAGGGCAACUUCUGCAGGGCUGUAAUGCAUUUGCUAUUGUGAUCCACUUGAGAAUUAUUGUGAGAAAUGUUGCUGCAAAAAAAAUUCAGAAAUCCGUCUUGUUGUUGCAGAAAUUCCUGAAAUAUUAGUGCUGAUGUUAAGCUUGGCAUUGAUGUUUAUAUCUCAGUUGUUGCCUCCCUGUUUCUCUCUGUGUGCAUGCUUACAGUGCCUUGCACAAGUAUUCCUGCCACUGCAACGAGUUUGAUGUGUUUGAUUGGGAUGUGGCAGAUCAACAUGGGCUAUUGUGCACAAGCAGAACGAUAAUGGAUGGUUCCCCACCUCAUUUUUUCCAAAUAAAAAUUGUAAAAAUGGGGUGUGGGUUUAUAUUCAGUCUUUUUCCUUCUGCUUCACAAUGAUGCACUAUUUUGUGUUGUUCUAUCAUACAAAAUCCCAAUAGAAUACAUCAGUACCUUACCUUCUAGUACUAUAAUAAAACAAGGUUUGUAGUAAUAACGUAAAAUGUGAAAACCUUCAUGGGGUGUGAAUACUUUUGCGAGGCACUUGGUGCUGUAUUAAAUAAGGAUGCAUCCAACCCAGAAACAUGCAAAGGGAGCAGCUGUGAAGCUUCCUCUGCUCUCCAUGAGCUUCCCAGAAACCCAGAAACCUGUUUCCAGCUGCCAGGACGAAGGAGACAGAUGACGAUGAGUAACUUGGACAUGUGGGAAGAAGCAUAAUCACUUUAAAUAAUAGGCAGUGUGCACCGCCCAGACGUGGGUUCCACAUGGUGUCCAACAUUUUCUAAAUGUCAGUAUUGUGUUCCAGAUUUCCUUUGAAAAAGUUGCAUAAUUCCCUUCUUUUAUUGUCGAAGUUUUCAAAACCUCCAAAUCCUGUUUGUGCAUUUUUUUUAUCUCCUUUGAUUUUUUUGUUUUUAUGUCAUGUACUUGUGCACUCUUUAAAUUGAAAAAAAAAAAACAUGUUUUUAUUAUAUUAGAUGCUCAUCCCUCGACUUGGAGUGACGGGCUCUACAGCAUGGAUGACAAAGGUCACUAACCAGAAAUAAAACUGAGGGAUACAAACUAAA